AUGGAAGUGGCAGGCUAUCCAGCCCCAGUCAGGCAUCCUUUGUUGGAGCGAGAGACCUUUGAGAAGCUCCAGCGCAAUGAUGUGGUGGAGAUAAGGCCUCACAUCUUGCACUUUGGUGGCUUUCAGGUCCACAAGGCCCACAGUCACGUCGUUAAAGUGGUGAACAUUUCGCCAUCCUCACUGCGGGUGUCCAUUAUUGGUCCAAGCUCACCAUGGUUCAAAAUAGACUUCGACAAGAAGGGGCUGCUAGCCCCCGGGAUGAGCGAGGACAUCACGGUCACAUUUGAACCGCACGAGUGGCGGUACUACUACGACACCAUCAAGAUUUUUUGCGGGGAUCUGUCCGAGAACCUGCUGGUGCCGAUCCACGCGUACCCAGCGGCCAACGACAUCGUCCUGCCAAGGCUUUUGGACUUUGGCGCGACGGCGAUCGGCACCACGCGCUCCAAGGUGAUUCCCUUGUCCUGCAAAAUCCCCAUCAAGUUUGAGUUCGAGAUCACGAUCCUGGAGGCUCACCCGGACAUUAGCAUCUUCCCCCUGCGUGGGGUGAUCCCUGCCGACGAGGGCACCGAAAUCCAGGUGACCUUUACACCCUCAAGGCACGCCUCGGCGCGGGCGGAGCUGAGGUUCCACAUCGAGCAGUUCAACUUCCAGCCCGUGCUGGUCAGCGUGGUGGGCUGCUGCACCCCAGAGGCCACAAAGAUGGAGCUCCUUCAGAAUGAGGUGGCUGAGCAGCAUGCGAUCGCUCAGCAAAAGCAGCAGGAGAAGUUUGCUGCCACAGCAGACAAAGUGAAGCUGGCAAAGAGCAAGGGACCGAUGCAGUUGCGCCUUCCAAAGUUCAAGAGCGAGGAGCUGGAAAGGACCAUGAGUGGCAUCAAGGUUCCCACUACGAGGAUGGACCAGCAGGCCACCAACUUCGUUCUCACCCAGACGGCUGGGAAGCUUCCGCUCAAGGAUUUGGUGACCUUCAUCCGGGAGCAGCGGGAGGUGGCCGACCAGCGGCGCCAGCGGGUCAAUGCGACUGUUGGCUCCAUGGAGGAGGUGGAGGACGACCGGCAGGCGAAGGAGCUGCGGUUUGAGCUGCAGUACAGAGAGGUGGACAAGCGCGACAAGGACAAGGAGCUGAAGAACACGCGGGCCACCGGAGAGGAGCCCCCGAACGAGGAUGCUAUCCAGGAAGUGCACGAGACUCGAAGAAAGAGGUACGAGAGGUUGUUCCGGUCCCGGAUCAAUCAGGACGUGAGCCGGGUUGAGUCGGUGCUGAGCCAGGAGCGCAUCGCUGUGCCGGGAAACUUCAAGCCGAUCGCGCGGCCAGCGUGGGACGAAUGCGCCAACGACACCUUCUCCGUGCGGCUGCAGGUGAUUGAGCGCUUCGUGCGCGCAGGUUCCAAGGUGCUGAUGCGCGUGCGCGCGCGGCAGCGGUGCCAGCUGCUGAUCGAAGCCUUGAAGGAGGCUGGCGUCAGCGAUCGGGACAGCUGCAGGGCAUGGGUGGAGGCCGAGAACAAGGCGGCCGCGUCGGGCACCCUAGUGAAGGCGGACAAGGUCAAGAAGGAGACGGUUUCUGCCGAUGAUGAGGCUGAUGGGAGCCUUCCUGUGAUCCACAUCCCGGAGGAUUUCGUACUGCCGCUACAAACUCCCACUAAGACUGUAGGCUUCUCUGCUGAGGAGCGACAGCCUGUGGAGAUGGUGCAGCUUGAUAAUUUUGAGGAGUUUUUGUCAGUUGAGCCAAACGUGCGGCUGGACUACAAAGUGCUGGAUUAUCCCCUGCAUGAUGUGCCACCUGCAUCGGCAUAUAUGAAGCCCAGUGAAAGGGUUCGUCUCUCUGGGGCGCUGGAGGAGCAACUCAUUGGUGGGGAGCGAGGGGAUGUGCUGGAUGGGGCCGAGAUGCCAGUGGCGAUGCCAGAGUCAUGCCUCCUGGCACCGGCGCACGACGCUUUGUCUCUCCUCAUCCCGGACACCCACUGCCGGACGUACGUGGCCUUCCCGGAGUGCGUGGAGUGCGACCCGAACUUCAGGCUGGCGCAGAAGCCCGAGCUGCUGGUGCCGCUGGAGCCACCUCUGCUGCCGGAUGCCAUGUCUUUGGAGUCGCCGUGGCUGGAGAGUUGGCGGGGUCAGCGCCAGCUGGAGGACCCCUUCGGGCGCCAGGACGGUUUCGGCCUCAGCUUCGUGGAGCCGCAGAUGGGCUUCCUCGGCUCGGAUUUGGGCGGCCCGCGCCUCAACUUCCUGCCCUGUGGCGGACUCGACCGGGAUCUGCCCAGCGACACCGACGACGACGAGCAGCCGGACUUCCACAUCGCCGCGCCCGCGCGGGAGGCCGAAGACAAGGCGCUUCAGGCCCUGGACAGCGCUCCGCCCUCGGAGAUGUGGCACAAGGAGGAGGUCGCUGAGAAGAGGCUUCAAGAGCUGUGCGCCUCCAACGGCAGAGCAGUCCGUGACCGGCUCAGCCAGCUGAACGCCGAGAUGAGCCGCAAGCUGUUUCUAGGGCGGCAGAUCAAAGAGAUCUACUGCAAGGAGCAGCGAGACUUCUCCAAUAGCGAGGAGUGGGAUGAGAGCCUCGGCCCUGAAAACGUCGGGGGGUACUUGAUGCUGCGGGAAGACAUCAUCUACAAGCUGGUGAACUCCUCAAAAGAGGAGGUCCUUGAGACCUGGCGCCAGGUGGAUCGGUACAAGGCGCAGCAUCUAGCAGAGAUCCGCCAGAAGCAGACGGCGCGGCCCAAGGAGGUAUUGGAGAAGGUUGCUGCUGUCAUCACAGCAGAAGGCGACUUCGCUGGCCGGGUCAACGCCAACUGGGCUGAGGCCAAGUUCCAACACCCACUGCAGGAUCAGUACAACAGCCUUCUGAAGGAGCUUCCCCAAAGCCCAGGCCACAUCCUAGGCACGGGCGGCGACUCCCCGAUGGCGCCGCAGCCGCUGCUGGGGGACGGGCGAGGCGGCGAGACGGGCGAUGCGGCGCUGCGCCUGCGCAGCGGCGGGGGCCAGCUGGACGUAGGCUUGCAGAAGGCGCGGUACUUCUUCUUCUCAGAUUUGGCCAGGCUGCCGCGCACAUGA